AUGGCGUCUCGUACGAAGGUAAAAUGCUAUGUUUUGGUUGGCCUUCUAUUUGUAUGGACCCUGAUGGACGGCGCGGUGGCAGAAGUGAAAGAUCACAAUGGUGGGCAUGAUGACCAUUGGGGAGGUUGGGUUCCUGGUCCAUGGGGACGUGGUGGUGGUGGAGGUGGACCUGGUGGUUGGGGUGGUGCUCCUCAUCAUGCUCCAUGGCGAGGUGGGCCCGGUGGUUGGGGUCGUGAUCCUCAUCAUGGCCCAUGGCAUGGUGGUAGUGGUGGACAUGGUGGCCCAAGUGGUGCUCCAGGCCCAUGGCAAGGUAGUCCUGGUGGUCGAGGUGGUGCUCCAAGCCCAUGGCAAGGUGGUCCUGUUGGCAGAGGAGGUGGGAGUGGUGGUUGGGUUGGUGCUCCUCAUUAUGACCAUGCUAAGGGAUUGUAG